ACGCCGUCUACAAAAAUGGGAACAAGUGCAGCUCAGAGCAGGAUGCUGGUCCUGCUUGUACUAGCCCUGCUCCUCCCUGCCUCUCUCUGCUCCUCUCUGCUGCUGCCAGUGGACUGUGCAGAUAUCCAUGAGCACUACCCCUCCAAGCCCAGUGGGGUGUACACCAUCUUCCCUGGGGGGCCCGUCUCCCCCCUGCAGGUCUACUGUGACAUGGACACCGAUGGGGGAGGAUGGACGACCUUCCAGAGGAGGAUAGAUGGCUCUGUGAACUUCUACAGGCCCUGGAGUCACUACAAGAGUGGUUUUGGCAAUAAGAAUGGGGAGUACUGGCUGGGGCUGGACAACAUCGUGCUGCUGACCAUGAGGAAGAGGAAUGAGCUGAGGGUGGACAUGGAGGACUGGGACGGGGGAAAGGUGUACGCUCAGUACACGUCCUUCUCUGUGGACCCCGAGAGUUUAGACUAUAAACUUCACCUGGGCAACUUCAUCAAUGGAGGAGCAGGUGACAGCCUGUCUUACCACAAUGGAAUGAAGUUCAGCACCUUAGACAAAGACCAGGAUGCAGAUGGUGCCAAUUGUGCUAAAUACAGACUUGGCGGCUUCUGGUAUAAUAGCUGCCAUCAUGCCAACCCCAAUGGUGUUUACAGGUGGGGCAUAGAUGAUACACUCUCCACUUUUGGUAUUGAAUGGUACCACUUCAAAGGUCAUUAUUACUCCCUGAAGUCCAUCAGCAUGAAGAUCAGACCGGUAUCCUAA